AUGGUGAAAAUCGGCAAGAAGCUGAAAGGGUUCGACGAGGGGAUAAACAGACACGACACACACAUAGGGGGAGAAGCAUCCCAGGAGAAAGACACACAAGUGAGGAACGGAGCGGAAAAAGGAACAGGUCCAGAGUUCAUCACCCUCCUUGGCGAUCAUCUCGGAGAACAUCCCUCCGUAGAAGCAAUAAACGGACGAGGUUCACUCGAAGACACCGUUCCAAAUGUCUGCGGUAGCAAUGUAGACCAGGAGGACAUAAACGCGUACGUCGAACGAAAUGACACGUCCACCCUCUUAACACUCCUUUUGUACAAAGUUUUAAUAACGAAGCCAAAAAACGUAGUUCAGUAUAUUACGGACGAGCUAGCCAUUCUGCUCAACCACGAACCUGAAAUGAGAGAACCAAAAAAGGAUGGCGAUGUUGGUAGGGACUCACCCAGUAGGACUCCAUUCAAAGACGAGAUGGACAGCAAAUCCAACGCGCUAGGCGAAAGCGAUUUCUCAGUAAAGUGCACCCCAACCCAGCUAAUAAACCAUAAAGCAUUCCUUGGGGACAGUUUUAUUACCCUGGACGAUUUAUUCGACGCAGUUAAGCUCAUCAAAAUUGAAAACUGCGAUAAAGUUUACUUCAAUAGUUUAUUAAAAAUUUUGCGCCCCUUCGAAAAUGCUCAGAAUAGGGACAUCCUCCUCAAGGAAAAUGUGCAGCCCAACGAGUGUAUACCGCUCAACUGGGCUCUCUACCUCACCACCACUUUUUACAACAACUGUGUUGGUGGUGCCUCCG